UAGGAAAGGGAAAGCACAAAGCAGAGUAUGAGGACCCCGACCAUUGUUCUUAGUAUUCUUGUAAUCUUUCUUUCUUCAUUUCAUUCAUUUCCCUCGUAGGGAGUAGAGGAUGAUGGAGGAGGAGAGUCUAGACUAUGUGCUGGUACCUAUGGGCAUGUUGGUGAUGGCUAUAUACCACUCUUGGCUUCUUUUCACCAUUCUCAAAUAUCCUCGCCGCACUGUCAUUGGCAUCAAUGCUGAAUCCCGCCAUCAAUGGGUCCAUGCAAUGAUGACUGAUUCCCUGAAGAAUGGUGUCUUGGCAGUUCAAACAAUACGCAACAGCAUAAUGGCAUCUACACUUCUAGCAACAACAGCAAUCACUCUUAGUUCAUUGAUCAGUGUGUUUGUGAGUAGCACAUCAAACUCUGGCAACACAACCUCAAAGCUAGUAUAUGGAAAUAAGAGUUCCAUUGUUUCUUCAAUAAAGUAUUUCUCUAUUCUGCUGUGCUUCCUUGUUGCCUUUCUUUGCAAUGUGCAGUCAAUCAGAUACUAUGCUCAUGUUAGCUUCUUGGCUACUGUACCUACAUCAGUACGCAAAAAGGACUCCAUUGAAUAUGUUGCUAGAAACUUGAAUCGAGGAAGCUUCUUUUGGUCACUUGGAUUGCGUGCUUUUUAUGUGUCCUUCCCUCUGUUUCUAUGGAUCUUUGGGCCAAUACCCAUGUUUGUGUGCUGCUUAAUGAUGUCAUUUGUUCUUUAUUUUCUGGACACAACUUCUAGUUUUACGCGGCGUCUGCACACUCACUCGUUCAGAGUGGAAAUGAAAACUGAUGAUGUAGAAUCAGCUGUUUCUUCCUAAGAGCCUUUGAGGAUAGAAUGUACUGAUAAUCCCCGUAAGUGCUCUUAACAAUCUUAUUAUAGGAUGAAUGUCGGCUCAAACUCUGAUUACCAACUUGUCUUGUAUAUAUAUUUAAUAUCACCAGGGUUCUUUUAUUUAUUUAUUUA